UUGUCUUCGUUGUAAUAGACUGACUCAGUGGCUUGUUGGGAGCAUAACUGGAAUCAGAGCUGGGACACUGACCCGUCCAUUGCAGGAGCAGCCCUCACCCGUACGUCACAGCCCUGGAGAACAGAGAGGACUGCUGGCCGGCUCUGCUGUUCGAGAUCGAUGACUUUAUCCAGAGAGCUGUUGACAGAGAUAAAGAGGCUUAUAUCACCAUGCUGGCCCCCUUCCUUCGGUACCUAUACUGCCAACCUCACAGGCAACCCGAGCACGCGCUCCUUCGACAGAGUCUUCUUAGGGUGCUGCUGCCCAUUCAGGGAGGAUCCAGGUCCGCCCCCCAGGACAAGGAGCAGGAAACGCUGUCCCCAGUGUCUGACAGGCUGCUGCUCUGUCUUUGUCAGCUGGUUCCACACAUGCAGGUGGACAGCGUGGAGGCAGUCCUGGAGCUGUGUGCAUUUGUGGGCGCUCUGCUCCAAGAUCUAACUGGGACCUCUGGAGACCAGUGGAAACCAGAGAAAGCGGCGCUGGCUCUGCAGCUGCUGUGUGCGUGUCGGCGAUGCCUCGAGUUCAACGGAGACUGCAGACCAAUAAUCGGCUUAAUACAGCAGCUGGUUCCAGCCUGUCAGGAGUUGCUGUUGGAUGAGCUGGUGAUGGGCGUGGCCUUGCUCUUGUUGGAAGCCCCUUCAGAUCAGCUGACCAGCCUUCUCAGACUUGCACUGAGUUUGGUCCCUGAACAAGCGGAGGCGUCGCCCUGGUUGAGUCCGGUCCUGAUUCUCCCCGUGUUGCAGCUCCUGUCCUGCUUGGGUCUCACUGAGCCGCUGUCUGACCAGAAUACACACAGCACCAACCACAGGCUGGCUCACAGCCUGCUGCGCAGAGUUAGCAGGCCUGCAGAUAAACCCCAGCAGGUAGCCCAGCAGCCUGCCCCAUCACUGCCUCUGUCUCUGAGUUCCUGGUAUAGUGAGCUCAGCGUGUCUUUGUCGGUACUGCGCAAAGUGGCCAACAAUCCAGCAGCAGCGGCCGAUUGGCUGUUGGCGGUCAGCUCCGCCCUGUCGUCCAGCCAGCGCCUGUCCUCCUCUCUUGUCCUGAUUGUGACUUAUCUCAUCAUCAUGGGUCAGGAAAACAUCUGCCAGCUGGCUUUGAAAGCAAGCCAGGCUGUCGCUGCUGCCGACCCCUGCCAGGUCCCGCCCCUCGUGCUGCUUCUUUUGUUCAAACUGACCAAAGAAAAGAAUCCCGUCCUGGCUCACGCUGUUCUCACAAGCCUGCCAAACCUCGGCACUCAUAAGCUUUGCUUCCCGAUCGUGCUGCACAGUCUGCACAUGCUGGCCGGCUCCCCCAAGCUGAGAGCAGUGGGACUGCGCCUCAUGACCGCUCUGUGGAAAAAACAGGACCGGGUCUACCCAGAGCUGCAGCGUCUAAUGAGCCAGCAGGACAGCAGGGUGGUGCUGGGGAGGGACGCCCAGUGGGAGCAGAUCCUGGCCAGGGCCGCCUGUGUCAGGGACAUCUGCAGAGAGAGGCCUUACCAGCAUGCAGGGGACAUGGUGGCUGCCAUUUCACUCACUUUAAAACAGUGCAACAGACCAGACCUGGCAACCCCGGCUGCUCUCGUCCUGCAGGGACUACAGCAGCUGUGUCGAGCAGAGGUGGUGGAUAUUAUCUCAGCAUGGAGAACUGUUUGGCCUGAGCUCAGCUGUCACUCACAGCCAGAGGUGGUUCAAGCCAUCGCUGAGCUUUUGGCUCUGGUGCCUCAGCUCACAGUUAAAUCAGAGCAGUACGAGAAAUUAAAAGAAGAGGUGGUCAGCAUUCUGUGGACUUAUGCUCUGAGCGAGGAUCCAGAGGUGUCCAGCUGUGGCUACAGGGCUUUGGCAGACUUUCCUGAAACAGACCACACCAUAAACCACCUUCCUGAGGCCCGACCACCUGCAAAGCUGCCUGAAAACGAAGAAGAUGAACAGAGUAAAGAAAAGGAGGAAGAGGAGAAGGAUCUCUCCGUCCCAGGCUCAUCUUAUGUGAAGCUGAUGACUCUCACCACCUCGUCUGUUCUUCCAGCCUUCGAGCUCUUCCUGACGUCACUGGUGAGGCAGGAGAUGAGUCAGAUGCCACGGGGAAUCUACUUCUCAGCCCUGAGGGGGGGUAACCUCCGCUCAGACCGGGGUAAAACGGUGGCAGGAAUCCCGUCGUUCAUGCUCAAGACCUACGAGAAAAACAAGCAGCCUGGGCUGAAGCCAGGACUAGCAGCUGGGCUGCUCCUGUCGUACAGUUUGUCUGUGCAGACCGAUCGUGCUGGGAGACCCAUCAGCCGCUUCCUGGUCAGCCGCAGCCGCAGCUACCAGCAGACGCUGACAGCCCUCGUUCAUGAAGUCAACAUCCAGCCCUCUGAGUGGCACCGUGCCCUCCUGCUGCCACAGGCCUGGAGGGGCUUCAUGAGCCGAGCUUUCUACGCCGUUAUGGAGGGUCGACGUGCUGAGUUAGAGAUGCUCCAGAAACAAGGCAAAGAGGAUCCACAGGAGCUGCAGUACAAGCAUCACUGUGCCUGGCUGUGGUGAGACCCACACUCAUACUUGCAUGUAUAUGUGUAGACUGUGUGUAUAAAUGGUAGUGCUUUUGUACAAGGUCACUGAUCUUACUGUAAUGACUGUAG